GUGCCAUCCUACUGCAAGACUACAUAAAAUGACGUCACUGUGCCGUGAGGUCCCAGCUAGUAUUAUUACCGACUAUCUUACACUCAUUCCUGUCUUGAGUGUAUAGUCUUUGGUUCACGAGCCGCCAACGUUUUUCUAGCAACUACAGAAACAAUCAGUGUGUGUCCAGAACAACACAGGGCACAGGUGGAAGAAGAGGCGUCCCAGAUUUCAGAUUCUUGAAUAUGGAUGCUGGUGAAGAAGAAGAAGCAGAUGGGGCUCAAGCUGAAGAUGGGGAUGUAAACACUGUCAUUGCACCGAGAAUGAUGAAUUCUCUUGUUAUAUCCCCUUCAAAAUCAGUGACCAGGUCUUCGCAAGCUCUGAGCCCCAUUCACAAACCAUCAAUCAAAACAAAUACAGGAGACUUUAUCAGUCAGAGUGAGAGCAAGGACUCUUGUGGAAGAAAUGUUGAUAACAAUGUGUACACUGGAAACUUAAAUGAAAACCAAGAUUUACACAUCCACUCUGCAGCCGUUGUAAAGAGUUCUGAAGUUGAAUUUCCAGUUCAGUUUCAUGAACUUCAGUCCAACACAGAUCUAAAAAUGCCUCCAUCAAAUUGGUUACAGGAACACUCUUCUAUCCGGCUGCCUAACCCAACACACAAACAUGCUGAUUUCUCAAGUUUCCUCAUGGCCCAUCAGUUCCCAGAUUGCAUCGGUGAGGUGGAUGUAGUAUCAGAUGCAGAGAACAUUAAGAAAUUACUAAAAAUUCCUUAUAAUCCAAAAGCUCAUGUCAGUAUGAUGAUCCAUCGGGUGGGCAAGACUCUCUUGAUAGAUGAUUUUGAUGUCUACAAGUACCUGCUGAGACAAUCUGAAAAAGAGUGGCAUUGGUUAAGAAGAUUCUUUUUUGAACAUGUACUUCAAUCAUUAACACAAAAGGAGAAUGUCCUGGUUCGUCCAAACAAGAGUCGAAACGUCGUUCAGAGUCGGAGUUUGCUUUCUAAAUUUCUGUACCACAGCAUAAAUGAAGAAGAAGCCCGACCUCCCAGUCCUCCUUCUCAGCCAGUAACUGAGAGUCCUGUCUCUGUGCGGAGGCCAUCAUUAGCCAUGAAUGAAGUAAUGCCUGAACCUGCAUUGGAGGAGCAGCUUCCUCAAGCCUCUGGUCAGGCAUUUACUCGUAAUGUUGUAUGGAAUUUUGAAGACCUGCACAUGCUGAUUGGGACAGACCUACCCAUCUUUGGUGGUGGAACUCAUCCAUGUGUCUCACUUAGGCUUCGUGACAUGAGUAAACCCAUCAAUAUAUUGACAGGUAUUGACUAUUGGCUGGAUAACCUUAUGUGUAAUGUACCAGAAGUAGUCAUGUGCUACCACUUGGAUGGCAUUGUUCAAAAGUAUGAAUUAAUCAAGACUGAAGAUUUGCCCCACAUGUCAGAUUGCCAGUUUUCUCCUAGACUGGUACGGGAUGUGGCCCAAAAUAUUCUGUCAUUUCUCAACUGCAAAGCAACAAAAGAGGGUCAUACAUACUGGCUCUUUAAAGGUAAAGAUGAUGACAUAGUAAAGCUCUAUGAUCUGACAUCACUCUGCUUGGAGGGUCGAUUAAAUGUAGAUGGAACUGAGGAGGAAACCCAAACAGAAGACUCUGGAAACCCUUUCACUAUCCCAGUUGCAAUGCUCUUUUAUCGUGUCGCUAAAAAUAUGCGGUCUUCUGAAGAUGCUCACACCAAGAUUGCCUCUAUCAGAGCUCUGCUUAAAAAUUCUCUUACAUUAUUAGAUAAGAAUGAAUAUCCAAAGAUUGUGUCUUCAGCCCAUUAUAUGCUGUCUGAUCUGUAUGUGCCACAAGACCUAGACCCUGAUUCUCCAGUUCUUUCUGACUGCAGUGAUGAAGAUAGUGAAUGGUCAUCCACUGUAGGUAGCGAUGAUGAAGAUUGUUGUGACAUGCAUGACAGCCAGUCUGUUGCUCCUGCCAAUUCAAGUUCAACUAUUAAGGUGUCAUCAUUGUGCAAACCCCAUGCUAGUAAAACCCAGUCACACUAUUAUAAGGCUCCACCUCUUCUAGGCACCCUAGAGGAACGAUGCCAGUGUGCACUGAACCAUGUGGUUGAGGCCCUCCAGUGUCUUCACUUGUCUAGUAUAAGAGAAAGGGAACACUGUGGAUCAAAAAGAAGCAAGGAAUCAUCUAUGGGUCCUUCAAGGAGUCAGGACCAACAAGAACCUAAAAUGGCUCGACCUUUUCAGCCCAUACCUAUGCCUUAUUCACCUCUUAAUACUAACACAGAUGAUGGAAAGAAGGCUUUAGUUUUAGCAAAAGAGCGACCUGCUGAUGACCAGCUGACAGUUUCUGUGUUGUGUCAACAGUACUGUGUUGCCAGCUGGUUAGAUAAACUUAAUGUUUUGCUACUCAGAAAGGCUUCUUUAGUUUAUCUCGUCAUGGCCAGAACAAAUUUUAAUGUACAGAGGUAUGGGUUAGCUCUGCGGUAUAUAAGAUUCUCCCUCCACGCUUGGCAUGGAAUGGCUUGUAGACUUGGCCUUGAGGAGAGUGAAGUACCUGUCCCUUGCCAAGCCUUAACUCUAGCUGGUGACAUAUUCUACAUGAUAUCUAAAGCUUGGGAAGAAGUUGCCUCUCACAUAGAUGACUAUAACUUUGUAACUUCACCUCAUGAUGACAUGCUCACACUUCUUGACAACAUAUUACCAGCUCAAGAGUGCAGCUGGACUAUCAAAUUGCCCUGUGAUGUAGAGGAGGCACUGGCAUUGGGUUGUGUGAGUUUUGAAAAAGCAGUGUCUGCUGCAGACCCUCAAGCAGUGAUGCUUCUCUCACGCAGGCUGGGCAAUGUCUGUAAUGAACUUGGAGUUAUGUACAUGAACCAGGCAGCUAAGUUGUGUGAAGAGAAGGACAUAGGCUUCCAAGGUGCAGAGGAACUUUGGCAAAGGAGUGCAGAGGUUUUGAACCGUGGCAUUGAAAAUUUUAACCGAGUUAAGGAUGUGGCAAAUGUGGCCCUCUUACAUUCUAAUACUGGUCGCCUGUUACGACUCUGUGCCUUCUACUGUGUUCCCAAGACUGGUCCAAGACAAUUUAUUAAUCCAGAGAGAUACUAUUAUGACCAGGCAGUAACAGAAUACCAGAAAGCUUUGGAAGCACUGAAAUCAAGAAAAAAGAGCAUGGAAAUAUGGGAUUUAGUUGUAUGGGAAUAUGGUACAACCCUGUACACUAUGGCUUCUCUGCUGCAGGAUCAUCCUCCUCCCUUACCAACGGCUGGAGAGGACAUUACCCGUGAAGUUUUGAACAUUCUCACAAAGGCUCUUAAAUACUGUGAUGUGAAAACCCCAGGAGCUCGGCAGCCACUAUAUCAGUACAGGGCUGCUGUUAUAUAUAUGCGGCUAGCUGGCAUAUAUCACAAUGCUGUCAGGGAUGGUGAAGGAGACAUGAAAAAUAUAAGACAUUUGGCAGAACUGAACUAUGGUAAGGCAGCAACUCUGUUCAUGCAGCUGGAGAAUCCCAUUGAUAUGUUAAAGGUUCAACUGGAUCAGGCAGUACUGAUUGAAGAUCAGUUGCUAGGAAUAUCACAUCAUCAAGUGCUCACAAAGUGUCACAUGUCUAUACUUCAACUGUUAGUAGACUGUGUUCCAGCUCUGAAGAUCAGUCAGGCCUCUGCUAAAGAGAAAAUUAACCAAACUAAUACAAAUGAAAUACACCAGACAGGCCUAUGUAAUAAAAACCAACCUAUACAAAUGGAAGAUGUCACCAUGGAUGACAGGAGUAGAUUCCAAGAAAAUAACAAUAGUGAAGAAAUCAGUUGCCAGGGUGAAAACUUAACAUUUGAAGAUGAAGAAAAUCAAGAGAAAAUACGAGCCUUGCUAGUUGUGUUUGAAAAGAAGCUUCAAAAUUCACUCAUGACUCUUAUAAAGAUAAAUUCUUCGUUAAGGUCAAAAAAGAGCAGUCAUCAUGGAAAUGAUGUGAGCUUUCUGAAGGAGAUGUACAGCUUGAGCCUCAACAAACAGUCUCUACCAUUAGCCGCACACCUACUAAGCGCCACAUCUGCUAUCGCUCCAUUACUCAACCAAAUUCGCCCCCGAAGAUGAUGUCUUUAAUUGACCAUUCUGCCAUCGAUUAGUGUUUUGAGGAUUUAUUUUUCAGAGUUGAAAAUUCAGUAAUACAGGGUACCUAUCUUACACAUUAUUUUGAAUAUGUUAAACUUUCUUACAUGUUAUUUUGGCUAUGUUAAACUCCAUAUUUUCUUUAUGUAUUUCAUAACAAAAUAUACAUAUUACAUAUAAGUAUC